GUAAUCAACUGACCCACCUGCAAACUUGUAAUUACUGACUCCCUCAAAACUUCAGUCCCAUAUAUUCUCUUUCACCACCACCAUUCCGCUAUACAUAGCUGCAAUGACAGACAACAAAACUGUCCCUUACCAGAAGAGCUUCCCCCAGCCUUACUCUAGCCUCACCGGAUCCUGCUCUGGUGAACUGAGCAGAACACACAAAUGCAGCCACCCACCUCUAGGAGGAAAGCUGAGCUGCAGCCCUGGUGAAACAUAAAGUUUAUUCGACUAAAGUGACGCAAAAAUUCUUAAAGAGCUCUUUGGCAGCAGAUUAUCUGAAAUCAGACCAUGUGAGAGGGACUGGUGUACAAAAACCUCACCAAGAUGCUGAGUUGCCCACAGGCUGCGUUGCUGAGACUCUGAAGGGAACGUGGGGUUGGGGUUACUCGAGCUCGGAUAACUCCUGGGAAAGCGCUUCACACCCAUCCGAAGGACAGACUGAAACAUGGACAAGAUUAUGCCAUAAAAUUCACAGUACAAGUUGAUGUUUCCCCAGUAAUAUUGUUUUUAGAAGCACUGCUUUUACAUCUUACCUAUAUUUAACCUUAUCUGGGAACAAACGGGUUAACUGAAGAAAGCUUACUACUUAUGCCAUCCUUUCUUUGAUGGUGUUUGUGCCUACAAUCCAGUGGAUUUAAAAAUGGAAGGGAAAAUCUAAGAGCAUUGGGAAUAAAAGAGUGGGGAAACAAGCCACGAGGGGACUCUAUGCUGCUCUCUGUCUGCAAGUGAGCAGAACAAAUCUCUUGGAAAAAUGGAAAAAAAGGCACCAAGCAAUGAGACCCAGCCCCUGACUUCCAAGAAAGAUGUCUCAGACUGUAAUGAAGGAGAAGACUGUAAAGAGAACGGAUUUCUGGUCAGAAACCCUAAAUCUGCCCUGCGACUAAUGGAGGAUGGCAAUAAAGUCCACCCCAGCCAGGGAGAUAAAGGGGAGGCAGCUCAGAUCUCAAAUGGUUAUUCAGGGGUUCAGAGCUCUGUUCCUUCCAAUGGAAUGGGAGAGGUAGAAGACGCCCAGUGCACUGCCCCAGCAGCCACAACCACCACUACAACCACCACGUCUACCACCUGUGGAGCAGAAGGCCAGCAGCAGCUGAUGGAGCUAGACGACAGAGAGACCUGGAGUAAAAAAAUCGACUUUCUGCUCUCUGUCAUCGGGUAUGCAGUGGAUCUGGGAAAUGUGUGGAGAUUUCCUUAUAUAUGCUAUCAAAACGGAGGAGGAGCAUUCCUCAUCCCUUACACAAUCAUGGCCAUCUUUGGAGGUAUUCCUCUUUUCUACAUGGAGCUAGCACUAGGACAGUACCACAGGAAUGGGUGCAUUUCAAUUUGGAGAAAAAUUUGUCCUAUAUUCAAAGGAAUUGGCUUUGCCAUCUGUAUAAUAGAUCUUUAUGUAGCCUCCUACUACAAUACCAUUAUGGCUUGGGCCUUUUACUACCUCAUAUCCUCCUUCACAACGGAGCUGCCCUGGACUAGCUGCACAAAUGCUUGGAAUACAGGCAACUGCACUAACUACUUCAGCAAGGACAAUGUCAGCUGGGCCCUGCACUCCAUCUCUCCCGCAGAAGAAUUUUAUACCCGCCAAGUUCUACAGGUGCAUAGGUCCAAUGGGCUGGAUGACCUGGGGGGCAUUAGCUGGCAAUUGACCCUCUGUUUAUUGUUAAUCUUCACCAUUGUAUACUUCAGCAUCUGGAAAGGGGUCAAAACAUCUGGCAAGGUGGUAUGGGUGACUGCCACAUUCCCUUAUGUCAUACUCUUCAUCCUGCUAGUGAGAGGUGCAACUUUGCCUGGUGCCUGGAGAGGUGUCCUCUACUACUUGAAACCUGACUGGCAGAAGCUCCUGGCCACUGAGGUUUGGGUGGAUGCAGCAGCUCAGAUUUUUUUCUCCCUUGGUCCAGGUUUUGGGGUCCUACUGGCUUAUGCCAGCUACAACAAAUUUCAUAACAACUGCUACCAAGAUGCUCUGGUUACCAGUACCGUGAACUGUGUGACCAGUUUUGUGUCCGGAUUUGUCAUUUUCACUGUGCUUGGAUACAUGGCUGAGAUGAGGAACGAAGAUGUAUCAGAGGUUGCCAAAGAUACUGGACCCAGCCUUCUCUUCAUUACUUAUGCUGAGGCCAUUGCAAACAUGCCUGCUUCAACUUUCUUUGCCAUCAUAUUUUUCCUGAUGUUACUCACUCUGGGAUUAGACAGCACGUUUGCAGGACUAGAAGGAGUGAUUACUGGAGUACUUGAUGAAUUCCCACAUGUCUGGAGCAAACGCAGGGAAUUGUUUGUCCUUGGACUGACCAUCAUUUGCUUUUUGGGGUCAUUAGCAACCCUGACAUUUGGAGGCGCAUACGUGGUAAAGCUGUUCGAAGAAUAUGCCACUGGCCCAGCUGUCCUAACAGUGGUGUUUCUGGAAUCAAUCGCUGUGGCCUGGUUCUAUGGCAUCACCCAGUUCUGCAGUGAUGUGAAAGAAAUGCUGGGCUUUACCCCAGGCUGGUACUGGCGAGUGUGCUGGGCAGCGAUUAGCCCCAUCUUCCUUUUGUUUGUCACUUGCAGCUUUCUGUCCAAUCCUCCUGAGCUACGGCUUUUUGAUUAUAAUUAUCCCUAUUGGACCACAGUAGUGGGUUAUUGCAUAGGAACCUCUUCUGUCAUCUGCAUUCCAAUCUACAUGGUUUAUCGGUUGAUCAUCACUCCAGGAACACUUAAAGAGCGCAUUCUGAAAAGCAUUACUCCAGAAACAGCCACAGAAAUUCCAUUUGGAGACAUCCGCAUGAAUGCAGUUUAAGCUAACCUACUUUCUGUGGGAGAGAGGGAGAGCAUAAAAUUUAACUUUCCCCUACUCUCCCCUCCAAAGAUUUAUGUUUCCAGCUGAGACAACAACUGGAGGAGUUUUCCAUGGAGGCUGCCCCUGACAACAGGCGGUUGGAAACAUGAUGCCUCCAGCACAUACAUCCAAGCAAUUCAAUGAAAUCUGCUGUGCACUUCUAAAAAGACUAUUCACUGAAGAACUUACUUAUUCUGGAAACACAAGGAUGUCUGUAUGCAUGAGAACACCGUUAUUCCAUGCAUGGACACCAGAGCUGUUUGCAAGUAUGCGUGAUUGCAUAAGACGCUAUAGGAUGAGUAUCAGCAGGUAGGAUUAGAUUUAGAAUUGCAAGUCUGUGGCAGUACUCCUGUAUCUUCCUCAAUGUGAUCGUCUGUACUGGGCCAUGUUGUAUUUGCUUCUAAUUGCUUAAACUACACUAAAAAUACAAGAAUAUUUCUGAUAGCCGUACAUUAUCCAAGUAACAGGAUUUUAUAAACUAAAAAAAAACCCCAAAAACAAAAAACCAAAACCCUUCGAUCCCUAGGCUUGUUGUGGAGUAGAGACAGGAAGAUGUCUUGUAAGAAACAAUCCAACAGCACUAUAUACAUCUCUGUGUACAGCAGCAAAUACGUUUGGUAGCAUUAUCCUCCUUUUCAUUUCCUGCACUUUGUAGAUGAUAACAGUUUCUGCUAGUUGUUUUUUGCAUACCACAUAUUACAAAAAAACAUGAUUUUUUGUAAUGUAGGCUUUGAAACUUUAAAUCCUUUUCAUUUUCCUUUAGACCCCAUUAAGGAAAAGCUUAACAGGGGGAACUUGACAAGCAUUUAAGUUGUUAGCAAUUACUAUACUGUUUUUAUAACUAAGCUAGAUAUUCACAAUGUCAUUGUACUGACAGACUUCAUUGUUUCUUUGGGAAUAAAUAUUGAGUUCAGAUGCCCAAAAGUGGACCCUUAAAGCUCUGCUUUGUUUGUUGUUGUUUUUAAAUUAAAUUUCACAGCUAAAAUUUGCUAGAGCCUGUGACUUUUUCUGUUGUUUCCUUGUGCAGAACUAAAGCUUAGAGUAAUCUUUUUGGCUGGCUGACAAAACUACUCUUAACAAACUAUACAAACCUGCUUUGAAGAUUUACUAGCUCAUAUUCUAAUGUGAAUACAUUUGGUUUUCACCCUGAAGAAGAAUAGGAUUUCUUUUUUUAAGUAAGAAAUUGAGUUCAACAGGACUGAUUCUGAUCAGAACUGUUUAUGUAUAUUAAAUUUUGAGGCAGCGAUAUACAAAUUAAAUUCCACGCACAUACUAAUCUCUUUAUACUUUAUAUGUAUGCCUUCCAAAGGUAACUGCCCUUUAGCCUGACUGCAAUUGCCAAGUCAGUUGGAGGACCAUACUUUUGCUGCAGUCACACAGAAGUUUAGAUAAACCUAAGUAGUCAUCAUUUAUACACACACGUGCAUUGUAUUUUUACUCUACCACAUAUUAUAAUAGUCUAUGAAAAGUAAAAUAGAGCAUAAACGUCUCUUUUGUAUUUCAUGGUCUACUGAGGUGAUAUACUGCUAAAAAUAACAAGGUUAUAUAUGCAUUCAUAUCAGCUGGCAUUAAGAAGCCUAUUGAAAAGUUUACAUUGGUGCAAAGAACUUACCACACCAGAGGAACGCAUUUAUGGUGUGUCUGCCUUCCGAAAACAUUUUCACCACUUCCGACAAGGCUCUUCUGCUUAGGUGGGCAGACAGAUACCUCCUAUGAGGUAUGCCUCUCACUUCAGCUGUUGACCUGAGUUCACUAUCUUUAGGUCUCAAGCCCAACUUCCAAUAAGGAAAAAACUUAAAGUGACAAUGAUUUGUUCUAAGUUACUAACGAAAGAUUCCUAAACCAAAUUAUUUUUAAAAAGGGAAUAUGUUCUUACAUUGCCACCAGAAAAAUAUAAUAAAUCUGUCUUACUGGACAGUUACUCAUAAGAAAUAGCGUCACAGCUUAUAACUCAAGUAUUUCAGAAAACUACUUUCAAAACCGGCUUCAUUGCAAGGGAGAAACAGUUUGGGAAUUUUUUUAAAAUUCAGAACACCAUUAAAAUUUUAAGUUACCAAACAGAAAAUUACUGAAUUUUUAAUUAGACUUUUUAGUUAGGAGUUUAUUAAUUGAGAAAUACAUAUGAAAUGACAAUGUAAGAUGAAUAAAGUAUUUGUAUGUACCCAGUAUCAAUUGUGGGAAAUGAAGGAGGAAAAAAACCCCCCACCUUCUCCAUUCUCCAGACUGGUGUUCAAGUAAUGCUAGAUUUUUUUUCCCCCCGAAUAGAUAAAUAUCUUAAAUAGACCUAUAUUACAAGUGGAAUUUCUGGCUAGAGUUGAUACUGUUUCCUGCUAGGUUCGUCAAAAAUAAUUGUUUUUUAAAGUUCUGGUUGUCAGUCACUAAUGUAUAUCCACUUGCAAAAGUCUCUUUAAACAGACAUUCUGCUUGCUACCUUUUAUUAGGAAGGGAGAAGGUGGGGACAAAGACGAUUAGGUUAAAUAAGAGCAUCAUGUGCAUCAAAGACAAAGGUUUCUCUUCUAGCCCUUGCAAACAAACUGAAACCAGGAACAUUACUUCUCAUGGAAUAAUCUGCAGAGUAAUAAUUGCAGAAAUCACUGCUAUUUAGCGCUCAAUACUACUGACAUGUUAUGGCUUUACAACAGCAUUUGAAAUGGCAAAAAACAUACCUUUAAUUUGUACUAUUUAGACAGCAAUAUACAACAAACAUUGCCUUUCUGGGUGGUUUUAACACAGAAUGCUGAGUAACUGCCCAAGAAAUGCUACUGUUUUCUAGUGAAACAGAAGUCAGCCAAGAAGCCUGGAUCGUAAUACAAGCACUGUUAUAGUCACAGUGUAAAAUAAAGCAAGUUUUCUCUGCUUGAAUUUCUCAGUUGAAAAAUGAGAUAAAGGAAUUUUCCUAAAGAUGUACUGAAAGUGGCAGAAGUUUUUAAAAUCCUUUGAAGACGCAAAAAGCAAUGUAGACAUGCAUAGUCACAGAAAAAAAUAUUUUUAGAAAUUUGCAGUUCAGAAGAUCACUAGCAAUGCCACACAUUUACUUUGUUUUCGCCAGAAUAAUCCAGUUUGUGGUCUCUACCGGAACAGAGAGUAAGGAGCCUUCCAGAAGUAGAUUUAAAAGGUCUUUCUUUUGCUAUCUAAUAAGAUAAAAUAGAUCCAUAUUUUCAUUCUACAAAAGCUGAAUAUGCAAGUUACAUUAGUUCCCAUUCAUUUUUUUUAAUGGCAUACUAGUCUGAGGUUUUCUCAAUCUUGUUCUUAUGAUCACUUCAUUUCUUAAAAUGUUUAGCUCAGUUGCUGGAAAACUGGGAAACUGACUUCAUUUAUUUUUAUUGUUGAUUCCUUUUUUCUUCCUUUUAUAUAUCCAUCUGAAAUAAUUUAGAAUUACUAACAGUUAUCAGGUAGCUCAAUAAACUGGCAUAUCGUAAACGUAACGUUUGUCAAAAACCUAGUUUUAUUGAUACCAAGUGGGCUGCACUGCAAUUAAAAGGGUUUGAGGCAAACAAGCUCUUUCAUCUUUCCAACUCACCUUCCACUUACCUACCACACGGGUAAAUCCCACCCUCUAUUCUGCACAGUGAAAAGGGAACUUACAAAACCAGUAAAUUAGGAACAUGUUUGCCUUACAAGCAAAGAAUAAAAGAACUAAACUGGAGUUUAGUUGUACAGAACUAAGUAUUCCCUCCAACUUGUACAUGAUGCACCUGUAUUAAUUUAUGUGGCUGUUUAGUUACAAGUGUUGCAAGCUGACUGUAAGUCAUCAGUAUGUGCCUUGUACUGUAAACUGUUAUUGUAAUAAAUUUAAUAUUCAUAAUCCA